GUACAUUUACUCUAAUGAGAUUAUUAUUCUGACAUUCUGUAACCUGUGUGCACUGUGCAGUCAGCAGUGAAAAAGAGUAAAAAUAUUCUUUGCACCGGACAACCGACAAAUAGAGUAAAAAACACUAGAUGCGAAUUGCUUGUGACCGUGUUGCAUUUUUUCGCGGUAUCUACCUUCAUAAUUUGGCGACAAUUUAUGAUGGCAUCACCUUUGGAGCAAUUUGUAAAUAAUGUACGAACCAUAUCAGCAUCAGGAAAUUUUAGGGAUUUGUCUGAUAUUAUACUCAAGUCUGAUGAAGUACUACAGAGAAAUAGUGCCCACUUAAUCAAUGUUCUUGAAACCUUGGAUGUUCAACAGCAUUCCCUUGGAGUCCUAGCAGUACUUGUGGCACAGGCUAAAGAUGCUGAUAAGACUAAUUUGUUCCACCAAGUCUGUGAUUUUAUAAAUAACUGCAAUGGAGAACAAGUACGGUUUUGUCCUGAAUUAUAUGCAGAACUAUGUCACCAUUUAACUGAUCAUUUGGUUGAAACAAAACAACCACUUCAGGGUAUAGAAAUCUUGAAAAAAGCUAUUCGGAAAAUCCAACUGUUUGAUUCCCAGCUUACAUCAAUUCACGCUGAUUUAUGUCAAUUAUGCUUGUUGUCAAAGUGUAUGAAACCUGCCCUUGAAUUUUUGGACACAGAUGUGACAGGAAUUAGUUGUGAGCUUGGCGGAAAUAAUGAUUCCAAACACUUCCUGCUGUAUUAUUAUUAUGGAGGGAUGAUAUAUGCUGCAUUAAAAAACUAUGAAAGAGCUUUAUAUUUUUUUGAAGUUGUUGUAACAGUUCCAGCAAUACUUGUAUCCCAUAUUAUGUUAGAAGCUCACAAGAAAUAUAUUCUAAUAUCAUUAAUUUUACAUGGAAAGAUUCUUCAAACUCCAAAAUACACCUCACAAGUAGUGAGUCGGUUUUUGAAACCGUUGUCUGUUGCCUACCAUGACUUGGCAACAUCACAGCACGCAGCCGUAAAACAUAGGGAAACAUUUAUUAGGGAUAAGAAUAUGGGUCUAGUAAAUCAGGUCUUGAAUUCAAUGUAUAAGAAGAAUAUACAGCGUCUAACUAAAACAUUCUUAACACUGUCAUUAACUGAUGUCGCAUCUCGAGUACAAUUAUCUGGACCCUCGCAGGCUGAGGCUUAUAUACUCAAUAUGAUUGAAGAGGGCGAAAUAUACGCUAUGAUAAACCAGAAAGAUGGAAUGGUCGUGUUUCUGGAUAGUCCUGAGAAGUAUGCCUCCCCGGACACACUGUGUGUUCUGGAACAGCAUAUUGCUGCUUGCACAAAGCUCCACCAAUAUAUACAAGAGAUGGAUGAACAAAUCCAAGUCAAUCCCCAGUAUGUGAAGAAAUCUGCGGGUUGCCACGAUGAAGAUAUGCCAGCACCAAGUCAGAAUUUAAAAACAUACGCAAUUUAAACAAUAUUUAAUAACAAAUUAAUAUACACUCAUAAGUCAUAUUGUAAGUAUAUUUAAUAAAUACCACUCAUAAUUUGUAA